AUGCAAUCAUAUAAUUAUUCUCAUACAUUACUUAAACAUGAUGUAAUUAUUAAUCAAUAUAAUACAGCAGAAAAUAUGACACAGACUCAAAUCAAUGAAGUAUUCAAUAAUCUUUCAUGUCAAGAACAAAUCUAUGAUUUUUAUGAAACACUUCGAAAUAGUUCGAAUGGUUCAAUUGAACAAUUUCAAUCAAUUCUUGAAGUAUUUGUUUGUGAUAUUCUUAAAUAUCGUAAAGAAAUAAAACGAUUAGAAGAUUCAUUUAAACGUGAAAAAGAGACAAAUGAAAAAUAUUUAAGACGUAUUGAAGAAGAUCAAGAACGAGAUAUGCAUGAGUUAGAAGAAAAAACUCGAAGAGAAGAACGGCAAAAAUUUGAAAUUGAACGUGAAUUAAUUCAACAACGUACAUCAAAAGAAAUCAAUGAUUUACAAUCACAUAUUCAACGAUUACGGACUAUUGAACAACUUUAUAUUAAUCGUAAAGGUGACGAAGAUUCUUUAAUAAAUUCAAUACGUAAAGAAAUAGCAAAAUUAACAGAAGAAAAUCAAACACUAAAUACAUCUUUGAAUGAAGCCUUAACAACCAAUGCUAUAUUACAAAGUGAUUUACAAUCAUUCAAAGCUCAAUUAAGCGAAAGACAAACAAUGCUCUUACAAGAAAAACAAUCAUCAUCAAGUAAUUAUCGAGAAAAAGAAUCCCUACAAACGAAUGUUCGUCAUCUGGUAGAAGUUAAUAAACAGCUUCGUGAUGAAAAUGAUUCGUUGCGUGCAAUGAUUGAAGCCAAUAAAUUAAAUGCUAUACCUACACCUACACAUCUUGCUUUAUCCCCAAGACGAUUGUUUUCUACAACUGGUUCAACUCUAGGUGCUUAUUGGAAUGAUUCAAAGCUGGACAGUCCAUCACCAUCGUAUGUAACGAAUCCAAAUCCAACUAAAUUCGAUUCAUUUGAUCAUGAAUCAGCUGAUGAAAAAGGUAUACUUGGUGUUAAUAAUUUACCAAAACUAGUAGUACCAUUGGCAUCAGGUGCUGCUCUUCGCAAUACUGUGCAUGAAAAAAAUACUAUGAAUGAUAGUGGAUUAUCAUUAACAACAGUGCAGGAUGCAACUGAACUUGAUUCCGAUCAUGAAUCAAACCCGAAUCAACAAACACCAACACUGAAUAUAAAACAACAUCGAUCAUUAAUUACUAAAUCAAAUAAAGAUGCUACAGAUUCAGACGAUGUUUUUGUUGAGGUUUCACUUGAACGUAAUCAUCCUAAUAAAUUGUCUCAACAACGAUCAUCGAAGCGACCAGUGAACAAUGCACGUUCAUCAUCAAAACAUGCAACUAAUCAUUCACAAACAAUCCCUCGAUCACCUGCAACAAAACACCAUGAUGAGCACAAUACGAAGGAAGAUCUUUCAUUCGAUCGUAUGUUCAAAGUUGUCUUUUGUGGUGAUGCAGCCGUUGGUAAAACUACAUUAAUCAUGCGUUUAUGUAAAGGAAAAUUUGUGGCAAAUAUUAAUUCAACAUUGGGUGUUGAUUUUCAAAAUAAACAAAUUGAAGUUGAUGGUAAACGUAUUGCUCUUCAAUUAUGGGAUACAGCUGGACAAGAAAGAUUUCGUAGCAUUGCAAAAUCGUAUUUUCGUCGAUGUGAUGGUGCUAUACUUGUUUAUGAUUCAACAUAUGAACGAUCGUUUUUAAAUGUUCGAGAAUGGAUUAAUACAAUAACAGAUGCAACACCAAAAAAAGUAUCGGUCAUGAUUGUUGCAAAUAAAAUUGAUUUAAGAGAUCAAAUGCGAGCGGAAGGCAAACGUGUCAUUGAAAAAGCUGAAGGUUCAAAAUUAGCUAAAGAAUACAAAGCAUUAUUUAUUGAAACGAGUGCAAAAGAUGGUACAAAUUCAAACGAAACACUUGUCGAAUUAGCUCGAGAUAUGCAAUGCAAUGAAGAUUUAGAACGUUUUCGCACAGCAGGAAUUGAUUUAGAUAAAACAUCAAAAAAAUCUGCUUGUUGUGGCAUCAAAACUUGA